AUGGACAUUCUGAAGCCUCCGGUAGAUGAGGGAGAGGAGAACGAGAAGGCUUCGGAUCUCACUGUCUUUGCCAGUAACUCUACCCUUCAUGGGAUCAGCCACGUCUUCCUACCAGGUGGAGUCACCCCGAGACGGGUGUUUUGGGCAGUCGCCUUUCUGUCAUCUCUCAGCUGCUUCCUCUUUCAAGUGGCUGAUCGGAUCAUCUAUUACUCAGAGUACCACCACGUUACCACGCUAGAUGAGAUGGAGAGCAGCUUGAUGACCUUCCCCGCCAUCACCAUCUGCAAUUACAACAAGUUCCGCCUGUCGCAGCUGACGACCCAGGACCUGGAAAACAUGGGGGACAUGCUGGGUCUCCAGAAUCACAUAGAUGAGCUGAAGGACAUGAUCCAGAAUACAAGCGACCCCGAAAUACCCUUCUCAUUAAGUGAAUUCUACGAGCGGACAGGUCACAGCAUGGAGGACAUGAUCUUAGAGUGCCGCUAUCGAAACCGAGAAUGUGGAGCCAAGAACUUCUCAGUGGAGUACACAAGUAAUGGAAAGUGCUACACCUUUAAUUCCGGGAAGAAAGGACACGAGCUGCUCCACACACUGAAGGGAGGAACCGGGAAUGGCCUGGAGCUGAUGCUGGACAUACAGCAGGAUGAGUACCUACCUGUGUUUGAGAAUACUGAUGAUUCUCUGCUGGAAGCCGGAGUGAAGGUUCAGAUUCACAGUCAAGAUGAGCCACCCUACAUAGGACAGCUGGGAUUUGGUGUGGCCCCGGGGUUCCAGACAUUUGUGUCCUGUCAGCAGCAGCAGCUGAAGUACCUGCCCCCGCCGUGGGGUGACUGUAAGGACACACUCUUCACGUCUCCUUACUUCAAGAACUACAGCAUCUCCGCCUGCCGCAUAGACUGUGAGACGCGCCUCAUCCUGAAAGACUGCAACUGCCGCUUGGUCUACAUGCCAGGUAAUGUCCAUUACGUGUGCACACCCCUCCACGCGUUCUGUUCUCUGUUGUGUGUAGAGACCUCGUCAAAUGAAGAUGAACCAUUGUGUGAAUGCCAGACACCUUGCCAGAUGGUUCGAUACGGGAAAGAGCUGUCCAUGGUGAAGAUCCCGAGCAAGUCCGCUUCUAAAUACAUGGCCAAAAAAUACAACCGGACCGAAGAAUACAUCAAGGACAACAUUCUGAUUUUGGACAUCUUUUUUGAAGCACUAAACUAUGAGACAAUUGAGCAGAAGAAGGCUUAUGAAGUGGCUGGUUUGCUGGGUGAGACUCAAAACGAUAGCGGUAAAAUGAGGCACCACCUGAAGGAAG